AUGGACAGUCACAUACCGUCCUCCAAACUGUGGACUGCGAAAGAGCAGUUGCGAACUGUGACUCAAAUGGACUACAAGUAUACCCUACUGGGGACUGGGGAGGAUGACUAUCGCAAGAGGCCGCUGCUUCUGCAGGUGGACCAAGCACCGAUGAACCUCUUCGCUGUCCUGGAAGUGAAGCCCGAGCACCUGCGGAGGUGGAGCACGCCCGGCAGCUUCCGCAAGGUCCGCUUCUGCGGCGUCCUUCUCGGCGUGGCCGUCACUUUCGCCGUCAUGGCCUCAUAUGUUCUUACGGGGGACAGUAAGGACCUCCUGCUCACGCCGUCGCCUUAUCAUCACUCCGCUAGCCCACCGGGACCCUUCGCCCUCAACCUAUCCUCGGUCAAGAAUUACACACACCUCCAGACGGUGGUCAAGUCCAUCGCUGCCAAAGUGGAGUUUCGCGGUGGACGGCGGUUGCCGGUGUUUGAGACCUUGGCUCGAAGUGAGCGACAUAUGUUUUCCGUCAUCCCCCGUCAAUUCCUCCCUGGUUUCCGCAACCCCUGCUGGCACGAGGAAUACGCCGGGAACAUCAACUCGGACCCGUACAGCGCCAACCUAUACGCGCGCUACUCCCGCAGCUUUCGUGCCGUCUUCCAGCACUUGAGGAGCGCCUUCCCAAAGCACUUGUUUAGCCGCGAUGGCAAGCUCUACCGCAUCCGUUGCCUGCCGUAUUUCUACAUUAUCGGACAGCCCAAGUGCGGCACCACCGAUCUUUACGACCGCUUGCGGCUGCACCCAGACGUCAAGUUCUCCACCUUCAAAGAGCCGCACUGGUGGACCCGCAAGAGGUUCGGCAUCAUUCGUCUAAGCGAGGGUUUCCACGACCGAUACCCGGUGGACGACUACCUGGACUUGUUUGACCAAGCUGCUCAUUUCAUCCAAGGCAGCCAGGCGGCCAACCAAAGUGGCAUACCCGCUCAGCCCGACGUCAUCAUUGGCGAAGCCAGCGCCUCCACAAUGUGGGACAACAACGCCUGGGUGUACUUCUACGACAACACCACCAGCGGAGGUGAGCCGCCCUUCCUCAUCCAGGACUUCCUACAUGCCCUGCAGCCUGACGCCCGCUUCAUCGUCAUGCUCAGAGACCCCGUGGAAAGGCUCUACUCGGACUACUUGUACUUCGGCAUCGCCAACAAGUCGGCGGAGGAUUUUCACGAGAAGGUGUCUGAGUCCGUGCAGCUUUUGGACGGCUGCCUGGCCGACUACACGCUUCGCUCGUGCGUCUACAACACCAGCGUCAACAACGCCAUGCCUGUACGACUGCAGGUAGGCCUGUACGUGGUCUAUUUGCUGGACUGGCUGAGCGUGUUCGGCAGAGAGCAGAUUCUCGUCCUGCGGUUAGAAGACCACGCCUCCAACAGGAAGUCCACCAUGCACACUGUCUUCCACUUCCUUGGUCUGGCACCGCUGAGCCAGCAGAUGGAGGCGGAGCUCAACAGAAGCCCCGCCUCUAAUAGCAGGAGGCCGGCUGACAAGAACCUGGGCCCCAUGCUGCCCGCCACCAAACACAUUCUGCGCGACUUUUAUGCGCCCUUCAACCGCAAACUGGCGCAAGUCUUGCGCAAUGACUCCUUCCUGUGGGACGCCAACCCCUGA